UUAAAUUUCUGGAAGCAAGCGGGGCACCUGCUCCCUUAGUCCGCGUUCCGGAGCUCACCAGCUCGACCCAUCAUCACUCCAUCCACCAUGGACCUCCUUUUCCUGGAGAAGCUCCUCGUCGGCCUCUUCGCGUCCGUGCUGGUCGCCGUCGCCGUGUCCAAGCUGCGCGGUCGCAAGCUCCGGCUGCCGCCCGGCCCUGUGCCGGUGCCCAUCUUCGGCAACUGGCUCCAGGUCGGGGACGACCUCAACCACCGCAACCUAGCGGCGCUGGCCCGCAGGUUCGGAGAGAUCUUCCUCCUCCGCAUGGGCCAGCGCAACGUGGUGGUGGUCUCCUCCCCGGCUCUGGCGCGCGAGGUGCUCCACGCGCAGGGAGCCGAGUUCGGCUCCCGCGGCCGGAACGUGGUGUUCGACGUCUUCACCGACGGGGGCCAGGACAUGGUGUUCGCGGCGUACGGCGACCACUGGCGCACGAUGGGCCGCGUCAUGACGGCGCCCUUCUUCACGGGCAAGGUGGUGCAGCGGCACCACGCAGGAUGGGAGGCCGAGGCUGCGGCCGUCGUGGACGCCGUCCGCGCCGACCCCGCAGCCGCCACCGAGGGCGUCGUGCUCCGCCGCCACAUGCAGCUCAUGAUGUACAACAACAUGUACAGCCUCAUGUUCGGCCGGCGGUUCGAGGGCCUGGACGACCCCCUGCUCCUCCGCCUCAGGGAGCUCAACGGCGAGCGCAGCCGCCUCGCGCAGAGCUUUGAGUACAACUACGGCGACUUCAUCCCCGUCCUGCGCCAGUUCCUCCGUGGCUACCUCAAGAUCUGCAAGGAGGUCAAGGACGCCCGCCUCAAGCUCUACAAGGAUUGCUUCGUCGAGGAGAGGAGGAAGAUGCUGGCGAGCGGCAAGGCCACAGACAGCCAUGAGCUCAAGUGCGGCAUGGAUGAGAUCCUGGAGGCGCAGCGCAAGGGCGAGAUCAACGAGGAUCACGUGCUCUUCAUCGUCGAGAACAUCAACGUUGCCGCGAUCGAGACGACGCUGUGGGCAAUGGAGUGGGCGGUGGCCGAGCUGGUGAACCACCCGGAGACCCAGCAGAAGCUGCGGCGUGAGAUGGACAGGGUGCUGGGAGCCGGCCACCAGGUCACCGAGCCGGACACGCACAGGCUCCCCUAACUGCAGGCCGUGGUCAAGGAGGCGCUCCGGCUGCGCAUGGCCAUCCCGCUGCUGGUGCCGCACAUGAACCUCCGCGACGCCGAGCUCGGCGUCCCCGCCGAGAGCAAGGUCCUCGUCAACGCCUGGCACCUCGCCAACGACCCCGGCCUGUGGGACCGGCCCGGCGAGUUCCGCCCCGAGAGGUUCUUGGAGGAGGAGAGGCACGUCGAGGCCGGCGGCAACGACUUCAGGUACCUCCCCUUCGGCGCCGGCCGCAGGAGCUGCCCGGGCAUCGUCCUCGCGCUGCCGUUCCUCUGCAUCACCGUCGGCCGCCUAGUGCACAACUUCGAGCUGCUGCCGCCGCCCGGCCAGGGCAUGCUCGACACCACCGAGAAGGGCGGGCAGUUCAGCCUCCACAUCCUCAAGCAUUCCACCAUCGUGGCCAAGCCGAGGGCUUUUUAACUUGAUCAGCGUGCUCUGGAGUACGGAGUGGAGGGUUUUCCAGCGUCAAGGUUCACUAGUACUCCCUCAGUCCGAAAAUACUUGUCAUCAAAAUGAAUAAAUAAAUAAAAUGGAUGUAUUUUGACAUAUUUUAAUUCUAGAUGCAUUCUUUUUUAUCCAUUUUGAUGACAAGUAUUUUCAGAUGGAGGGAGUAGUAGUUUGCAAGCUCAGCGGGGUGGGUGUCGGUUUAGC